UAGAAUUAAACUACUCAUGCUUGACAUGUAAUGUCGACUACUAGUUCGGUUGACACAACGCUACACCAACCGCUAACAACUGAACCAUUUAGCGUGCAUCACACACUCGGACUUUAGCGCAGACAACCGGGGAAGUUGGAGAGUUGGAGCGAAGCUGCCGAGUUGGCGAUCAACAGCCGAAGGUUGCAGAAUCCCCAUUGAUGUUGUUUAAAAUCCAUCCCCCCUCCCAAUGCUCUGAUCAAAAUUCCAGACGCUUCAACUUUGUUUCCGAGUGCGCUUGUACUACUAUCAGUUGCCGAUAUAUUGCGGACUUGAUUGCGCCGCUUCAAGAGCUUGGAAACAAGGAUUCAACGUCUCAAUCACGAGGCCCUCUUUGAAUUCUUCUCGUCGCCAUGGCUGAGAAACACAGCGAUCUCAGUCCUCAGGACGAGCGACUGGAGCAGCAGUACACCAACGAGCCGCCGGCGCAGUCCAUGUCCAUUGGACGAUACAUCGCGACGCGUUUCACGACGUUAGUUCCCCCGAUGGACAAAGCCCCGAAUCCCAUCCGCGUCUUAGGGCUCCUGAACAGACAGCAAUGGAUGUUCUUCUUGGUGGGUUUCGCUGGGUGGACAUGGGACGCUUUCGACUUCUUCACCGUCUCCCUGACAGUCCACGAUCUCGCGAAAGAAUUCGGGAAAACCAACACGGAUAUCACCUGGGGAAUUACCACCGUGCUAAUGCUCCGGAGCGUUGGUGCGAUCAUUUUUGGUAUUGCUAGCGAUCGCUACGGGCGAAAAUGGCCGUUUGUUGUGAACAACAUCUUGUUCAUUGUGCUGGAGCUCGGGACCGGUUUCUGCAACACCUACGAGCAAUUUUUGGGGGUGAGAGCCCUUUUCGGUAUUGCGAUGGGAGGUCUAUACGGAAACGCAGCCGCCACGGCAUUGGAAGACUGCCCAGAGGAAGCGAGAGGAAUUAUUUCCGGGAUGCUGCAGCAAGGCUAUGCAUUCGGGUAUUUGUUGGCGACGGUAUUUGCACGAGCAUUCGUCAACACUGUAGGCCAUGGAUGGAGACCGCUCUACUGGUUCGGCGCGGGACCGCCUGUGCUCAUCAUUGCAUUCCGAUUGUGCCUUCCCGAGACCAAUGCAUAUCUGGAACGGCGGGCGGUGAGAGAAGCCAGCGACAACAUUAGCAAGACCUUCAUCGCGGAGGGCAAGGUGGCGCUAAAGAAUCACUGGCUUCUUCUGCUCUACCUGAUCACCCUUACGACCGGUCUCAACUUCUUGGCCCAUGGCUCCCAGGACCUCUAUCCGACCUUGCUGGAGAACCAGUACGGUUUCUCCUCCGACAAAGUGACCGUGACGCAGGUGGUCGCCAAUCUUGGUGCCAUCACUGGCGGAACGAUGGUCGGAUACGGCUCACAAAUCUUUGGCCGGCGAUUUUCCAUCAUCUUCUUCUGUGUCAUUGGCGGCGCACUCGUGUAUCCAUAUACCUUCGUCUCGAAUAACGGCAUUAUCGCAGCGGCUUUCUUUGAGCAGUUUUGUGUGCAAGGUAUCUGGGGUGUUGUCCCUAUCCAUCUCAUGGAACUUUCCCCUGGCAGUUUCCGAACAUUCGUCGUUGGUACCUCCUACCAACUCGGAAGUUUGGUCUCAAGUGCGAGCUCUACAAUCGAAUCUACAAUCGGGGAGCGCUUUCCCCUUCCGCCCAAGGGCGACACGAAGCGGUACGACUAUGGAAAAGUCAUCUGCAUCUUCAUGGGCUGCGUCUACGCGUACCAGAUUAUUGCGACCUUGGCGGGGCCAGAGUACAAGAAUCGGAAGUUCGACGUUGCGCACGACCACGAUUUUGAGGAAGCUACGGGACAUGCCACUCAUACAGAGGUGUUUGAUAAGAAGCGAGCCGAAAGCGUGUAAAUGGACAUGCAUCAAUUUUUGUUGGUUACAGGAGGGAUGGUAUGGUGUGGCAAGUCCACAAUCACGAGUGAAAAUAAUGGAGUAGUGCUCUCUUGAUAGUAGACUCAGAGGAUUAAGAAAGAAUCGAUAUCAUGAAUCAAAUUAGCCGGGAACAGCCAGUCAUCCAGCGAUGUAUUAUGCAUCUAGUGCAAUUACAUCGAAUAUUGUUCCAAAUAGGCGGAUAUGUCUCGAGCAAUAACAAUCCUAGUCACGUCCGUCCUGAGCAAUGGUUGAAGCCAAAUGAACUUUGUAC